UUCACCCAACUCAUACAUUACUACUCAGUACUCCAAAUAUUUCCUUUGCAAAAUGAGGAAAUUAGUUUCAAACAAAACUUCAGUAUUUGCAUUAUUGUGUGUGUUAUGGAUGAUACUGCUUCUUCUACAGCUCCAAUUUUGUUUGUCCAUAACAGCAGCUUGCAUCCAAAACGAGCGUGAAGCACUUCUUCAAUUCAAGAAUAGCUUUUAUGAUGAUCCUUCUCAUCGAUUGGCUUCGUGGAAUGAUGGAACUGAUUGCUGUAAUUGGAAAGGAGUGAGUUGCAAUCAAACUACUGGACAUGUUACUAUCAUUGAUCUUCGUCGUGAACUUCGUCAGGUCGACUUCUACCCGUCACCUUUGUUUAGCUAUAAUUCCAUUGAUUCUAGUUUGUUUGAGUUGAAAUGCUUAACUUACUUGGAUUUGAGUGGGAAUAACUUCAUUUAUACUAAAAUCCCAAAGUUUUUAGGUUCAAUGGUUGAAUUAACAUAUCUUAAUCUUUCUAAUGCAUAUUUUUCGGGCAAAGUUCCUCCUCAUUUAGGAAAUCUUACUAAAUUGGACACUCUUGAUUUAUCAUUUAAUCUGCUGGAAACGAAUGGUGAUGUUGAAUGGAUAUCUCACCUUUCAUCCUUGAAGUUCCUUUGGUUGAGAGGGAUGGACUUUUCCAAGGCUUCAAAUUUGAUGCAAGUGCUAAAUUAUCUUCCUUCCUUGGUGUCUUUGAGAUUGAGUGAAUGUAACCUUCAAAACAUACAUUUCUCUUCAAGUUCUUGGUUGAAUUAUUCAUCAUUAUUUCUUUCUAGAAUUCAACUUCUAGACUUGUCUUCCAAUCAAUUAAAUGGUCCAGUUCCUGCGGCAUUUCAAAAUACGACUUCUUUGAAGUACCUAGACCUUUCAAAUAAUCAAUUCAAUGCUAUUUUUCAUGGUGGAAUUUCUACCUUCAUCCAAAAUAAUUUUGGCCUAAAAGUACUUGAUUUAUCGUUCAACUAUGAUCUUGGUGGAGAUGUGUUUGGAAGUAGUUAUGAGAAUCAAUCUACAGGUUGCGAUCUUGAAGUACUUAACUUAGGAUAUACAUCUUUGAUAACCAAAAUUCCAGAUUGGUUGGGAAAGUUAAAAAAUAUGAAGUCCCUUGCUCUUGGAUAUAGUCACAUUUAUGGUCCAAUUCCAACUUCACUUGGAAACUUGUCAAGCCUGGAAUAUUUAGAUCUAUCAGGCAAUGCUUUAACCGGAGCAAUUCCAAACUCAAUUAGAAGAUUAUUGAACUUGAGAAAAUUGUAUCUACAAGGAAAUAAAUUGGUAGAGGUGGACAGUGAAUGUUUUAUCCAACUUGAGAAAUUGGAGGAAUUAGACAUAUCAAGAAACUUGCUCAAAGGGAUUCUUACAGAACUUCACUUUGGCAAUCUCUAUCAGUUGCAUACCUUAAGUAUUGGCUACAAUGAACUUCUCUAUUUGGACGUGAAAUCUAACUGGAAUCCUCCCUUUCAAUUACAAGUUUUUGAUGCUUCAUCAUGUAUUGGUUGUUUUAGAAGUGAAUUCCCUCCAUGGCUUCAGACUCAAAAAAGAUUGGUUGAAUUAUGGUUAUCCAACACAAGUCUCUCAAUCAGUUGUAUACCAACAUGGUUCAAACCACAAAAUCUCACCAAUUUGGAUCUUUCGCACAACGAAAUGACAGGACCAUUUUUUAACAGUUUUGCCAAUCAAAUGCCCAAUUUGGUGCGGUUGUUUAUCAAUGAUAAUCUUAUCAAUGAUUCUUUAUUAUCUCCACUCUGCCAAUUGAAGAACUUGAACACUUUGGAUCUUUCAAACAAUUUGCUAUCUGGAAUCGUUCAAGGUUGUUUGUUGACUACAACUUUGGUUGUUUUAGAUCUAUCAUCUAACAACUUUUCAGGGACCUUUCCUUAUUCACAUGGAAAUGAUCUUUUGGAUAUUGAAGUACUACAUUUGGAAAAUAAUAAUUUUGUGGGAUCCAUGCCAAUUGUAUUGAAGAAUUCCAAAUUUUUGGAAACUUUAGAUAUUGAGGGAAACAAGUUCUCUGGGAACAUACCCACAUGGGUAGGGGAUAAUCUUCAAAGUUUAAAAAUUCUAAUACUACGAAGUAAUUUGUUCAAUGGUACUAUUCCUCCAAGUAUAUGUAAUCUCACUGACUUGCAAAUUUUGGAUCUAGCCCACAACCAAUUGGACGGAAUUAUCCCGUCAAAGCUCAGCAAUUUCGACGUAAUGACAAGAAGAAAUACAAAUGGAUUCACUGUUAUUUGUAGGAGUAGUGAUGUCGAGCAUGGAGUAAUAUGCCCUGAUGGUGAAAAAUAUGUGGUACAGUCAAUCAAAUCAAAUUAUUAUAAUUACUCCAUGAUGUUUAUAAUGUCAAUGGUGAGUAUAGAUCUAUCCAAUAACUUUCUGGGGGGUUUCAUUCCAAGUGAGAUAACAAAGCUUAGAAGGUUGAUUGGAUUGAAUUUGUCACACAAUAAUAUUAUCGGGAUAGUUCCUGCUGAAAUUGGAGAUAUGGAGUCAUUAGAAUCACUCGACUUAUCUUUCAAUCGACUUUCUGGGGCAAUUCCUCUAAGUUUAUCAAAAUUAAAUUCAUUAGGCACGUUGAAGUUGUCCCACAACAAUUUCUCAGGCAACAUUCCUCGAGAUGGUCAUCUCUCCACAUUCAUUGACGCUUCAAGUUUUGACAAUAAUUCAUAUCUUUGUGGAGAUCCACUCCCAAUAAAAUGCGUGGUUGAGAAUUCAUUUGAACCGCCGUUCAAUAAAAUUGACAAUCAAGACCAAGAUGAAGAUAAACGGGAGAAGUGGUUGCUUUACCUUACCGUAAUUCUUGGAUUUAUAGUUGGAUUUUGGGGAGUCGUUGGAAGUUUAACAUUGAAGAAGAGUUGGAGAUAUGCUUAUUUCAAGUUUGUGGAGGAAGCUAAUUACGAGGUUCAUGCAACAAUUUGGAUGACCAUACAAUUGCUUAAAGGACGCAAAUGAAUAAGGUGCACAAUAAUAUAUGUGAUCAAAAACCUUUUGGUAAUGUUAUGUAUGAAAAGCAUAAAGCUUAUUGUAAUUUUCUUCCACAGUAAUCGAAAUAAUCAUAAUUUGACAUUUUUGUAUCAUA